AUCAACGCAGACUUGUAGAAAGGGGAACGGAAUAUCGAAUCAACCCCGCGCUAGGUGCGAGACGAUGCAAGACAGCUCCUAGUUGGGCUAUAUAUAUUCGAAUCCAAUUACAUAGACAUACGCGUAAAUACACUCAAUACUCCCUCUAUCUAUUUGCGUUUUGCUGAUGUUUGUUGAUGGUUCUUCUCCUCUGCCUCUAAAGAGAAGGAGACUCACCACCGUCGAUAUAAUGGAAGCUGAAGCGGCUAAGGCUAAGCUUGCAGCUGUUAAAGAAAAGUUUGGGCGAGAUAUCCGUGUUUUUGAAACCUUAGGACCCUCUCCAUCAGCAAAUCAACUGUCCGGUGAUGAUGAGUCAGAUGACUUCUAUGAGUUCACUGCCGAGGACUACUAUAACAUGAUGGCAUUGGCAACAAAAAAGGAAAAGGGAGAUAAAUAUUUAAAGACAAGGAAAAUUCGGGAAGCAGAAGAAGCAGCUCGGCGAUCCAAAAUAAGCAAGGCUGUGAUUAGGGUUCGCUUUCCUGAUAAUCUUACAUUGGAGGUAGCUUUUCUUCCAUCAGAAAAGAUUCAAAGCUUAGUCGAUGUUCUCAUGAAAGUGGUCGCUCGACCAGAAGUACCAUUCUAUUUAUAUACCACUCCACCAAAGAAGCAAAUAAAAGACUUCUCAGUGGAUUUUUACUCGGCUGGCUUUGUUCCUGGUGCAAUUGUAUAUUUUUCAUAUGACCUACCACAAGGUGAUGAUGCAGCAGCUCUACAGUCUGGCCCCUUCCUCCAAGAGGAAAUUGUAUCUUUGAAAGGUUUGGAAGCAAUUUCUGAACCUGCAGAACCUGUUCAGCUUCAGCCUGCACCUGAACCUGUAACAGCAGCGCCUACCCCUGUUCCUCAGGAGUCCAAGCCUGCUGGGAAAAAACCUAUCAAGCCGAAGUGGCUGAAAAUGUGAGGUCUCAAAUACGCAAUUGCAGGCUACAUUUAAAAUGCGACCUAAAACACUUCUACAAGUCCAUAGAAUCACAUUUUGAAGAUGACUGGACAGAACACAAGGAAAUCAUUCCAAACCGAAUUUGAUAGAAUGUUGUAAAAGGUCGGAGAAAGUUACUUGUUUCUUAUGAUCAACUCUUUUGUAAAGUUUGUUGGCUAACAAUCAUGUGAAUAUCAGUCAUAUUGGUCUUGCUUCAAAAUUUCUUCAAUUGCAUGUGAUUGCUUUUAUUUGGA